CAGCUGUUGAAGGACACACAGCAGCCCUGGUUUGAAUGUUUCCUUUAAAAAUAGCAAGUAUAGCUCAGGAAAAGGGAGCAUCUUGUUUAAUUGUCUUUUUGCCAGAUUGAUGUGUAGGUCUAAGAAUUAAAAGCACAAAAUUUCAAAUUGCCGCUUUUCAGGGGAGGGGGAAGUACUAAUAAAGCAGCAUGGAUACAGAUACACAAAUAUGAUACAGAUAGAUCUAUAAUGAAGGGAACUGUUCCUUUAAAUGCGGGCUUGGCUGCGGCUGACAUGUUUAGGCAGGAAGGAGGCCAUCUUUCGCCUCUUCUGUCCUAAGAGGAGGAAGUGAAUUGAGUUUUGCAUGGCAAAAGCAGCAAGUCAUGGCAGAUAACUACCGGGACUACAACUUGACAGAGGACCAGAAAAUCGUUAAGACGAAGUACCCGCCUCUCAAUAAGAAGUAUGAAUGUGAGUGUAUUCCUGAGCGGUCUUAGUCUGUGCGUGGAUUUAUAGUUCUUUGGUGGAAAUGCAGCGCUGGGCUCAGCUCCAGAGUUUCCACAAACCGAGUGCCUGUACAUCUUGAACCGGGGGCGGGGAAAGAGGGUGCCGGUUACAGGCUGCGAGGCAUUGCUGGGUGGGAUUCUUCUCCGGAGUCUUGUAUUGCGCCCCGGAGAGAGAAGUGGGUGCGGGGCGGCGGAUUGGAGCAAUAGCGUUGGCUCCGCACACCCAUAAACAGCGUAGCUCUGUUGGGUCUGUAGGAGAAAAUAAACCAAAAUCUUUAGCAAGGCAAUUCUAUUUAUUUGGACCCAGACUGUCACUUUGGGGUUUGUCCAACAUGCUGAAAGUUUUGCCCUCCUGUAAAGCGUUGCUGUUCCCCGGGCUAGGAGAGCGUGUUGAAACUUGGCAGACAAGGCGAUGUUUUGCUCUCGAAAAUAAAAUCUGAGACUGCUUGCUGUGGAGGGCUUAAUAUACUUCUGUGCAGUUCACUUUGUCUUAACUUCCUUUUUGGUGACACGAACCUGCUACACCCCCUGUCCUCACUCUAGAAGCGUCAGCUUCUUGCGGUGUAAUGUUAUGCUGUACGUGUAAAUGAAUUUACUGUGUUUGGAAUAUUCUUGUUCUAACUGCUUAUUCUCCCUACCUUGGUCUUUUAGAUCUGUUUUUUUCCCUUUUCUUUUUUUCCUUUUUUUAAUUGAAAAAAUUAUUUUAAGUUGCCCCAGGUAGCUUCAUAUUUUUUCAUAUUUUUAAUCCCUAUUUAGAUCUGGAUCAUACUGCUGAUGUGCAGUAAGUAUUUAUUUAUAAACUUACAAUCUAACAGGGACAAUGAGAAGGCAAAACAAAAAGCAAAAUGACCCAAAUAGUCUUUUAAGGGGGAAAUAUUCCUCAGUUGCAUAAUGCAUGUAUUUUCCCACCCUGGUAAUACUAUAUUUCACCAGUUAUUCUCCCCAUUGCUGAUGAUAGCACAACUGAUCUUUUCUGUAUAAACAAGCACAAGCGUGCUGCUUACAUCAAAUCUGCCUAGGUACAUGGGUUAGCUGUCCUCUGCUGAGUCAGAUUUUUGGUCCAUUAAGCUCAGGUGCAUCUGCGAUCAUUGACUGGCAGCAGCUCUCCAGGGUUUCAGAGAAAGACUUUUCCUGGCUUUUCCAAGAGGUGCCAGGAAUUGAAAUCUGGACCUUUUCUGUGCAAAGCAGACGUUCUGCCUCUUGAAUCAACAGCUUUUCUUCAAAGGUAUCUGGCAUUAUCCCAAUAGAUGGGGUUAUAUGAGAAAACCCGAAAGCCUCAGGGAUUUCAAUGGGGGAAUAGUGUUGUCAGUAUUUUCAAAUUGUAUAUUGCCUUUCCAUAUAAUAAUAUAAGCAACAUCCAGUUCAUCAAAACUGCCAAGAGCUGGGAAGUAUGGCAACAUAUAUAAUUAACUCAUGAGUUGUGUGUGUGCGUUACCUCUUUACACAGUUCUUGUCUGCUACAGAGUGAAGUAGGUUGGAUGGUGUGCCAUCUAUAACUCCUCUAAACGAGAUGUAUGCCUAGAGUUUCGUUGUUAUGUUUUCUUGUCAUGGCUUCUGUAUUUCAGCACAAGGCUGCUUUGGAUUUUUGCUAUCACUCUAUGGUAAUAAGAAAAAAUACCCAAAAAAGUGCCAAGUGCAAGAAAUGGCAAACCAGAUUUCUUAGAGUCUGCAGCAGAUUACCUCUCACAGGCCCCCCAUUCCCACAAUGCUCGUAUUUUAGCACAAUUAUUGAAAACACCAACAGCAACAAGUACGGGGAAGUGGGGAUUGAUGCUGCACACCUUCUGUUGUGUGCUGGAUGUUCCUGCUGCUCUAUUUUCCACCUACAAAGGAAGUUCCUAGUUGUGCAGAGGAUGAAGCUAGGAAUUCAUAAAUUCCAAGUACAAAGUUUUCAAGGGUAACUACUAUAUGCAGAUCCUUAGAAUGGACAAUUCUUAAACUGCAAAUAGUGAACUUGUUGGAAGUGGAGCCAACUGUUCUUUCCUAUAUUUAGUGCAAGUUUCUCCCUUGUACAUUCUCAUCUUUUGCUUAUAACUACUGCCCUGUAAUGUGUGUGUGUUUUUAGGUUGCAUGCCUGGGGAGAUACCUUGGAAGAAGCAUUUGAACAAUGCGCCAUGGCCAUGUUUGGGUACAUGACGGAUACAGAGACGGUUGAACCUCUGGACACAGUAGAGGUGGAAGCAGAGGGUAAGGUGUUGCUUUGAGAAGUACAGCAGUACAGAUUAAUAAACACAGUGGCAAAUUAUUGUCUUUACUAUUUUGCCAACAUAACUGUCACUUGCUGUUUCCCAAACACAUUUAUAACAGAGUAACACCCUAUAGUUUGAGGCCUGUGCUUAUUCAGGAUUCACUGAAAUUGGACUGCUUAAACUUAGCAUAGCAGGCCUGUAAGUAUAAAUGGUGAUGCUUUUGCAAGCAGGAAACAGGCAAGCAGAAAGUUCAGCUUAAAAUCAUAGAAUUUGAAUUAUAGAGUCAUAGAGUUAGAAGGGACCCUCAGGACCAUUUAGUCCAAUUCCCCUGCAAUGCAAGAAUAUGCACCUGUCCCUUACGGGGAUCAAACCUGCAGCCUUGGCAUUAUGAGCACCACACUUUUAACUAACUGAGCUAUCCAGAUGAUGUUCAGUCUCAGAGGCAAGCAGAGCAACAAAAAAACCCAUGACAUUUAUUUAUUCAUUUUUAUUAAAUUUGUUUAUCACCCUUCAUCCGAAGAUCACAGGGCAGUUCACUGCAUAAAAAUACAAAAUGAGAACACAAAAUGCAUAAUAAAAACAAAAGCAAACCAAUAACGCACGCGCCCCCUCCACAAACACAUUAAAAAAGACAUAGAAUGUUAAUUGGCCCAAGCUGAAGGCCUGGUUAUAGAAAAACAUUUUUGCCUGACGCCUAAAGAUACGGUCCAUGGUUUGUGAGGUGUCCUAUCUGUCCCCACGCAAGGGUUGGCUCUCUGAUCUCUUGCUGAGCCAUGAUCUGUGGUGCAAGGGGAAUUGAGUGGGAGUUUGAGCCUACACUGACAUCUGUCUGUCAUUAGGAAGGCUUGCCACACAUACCUGGGUUGGAGGCAGUCCUGCACCUUAAAACUCCCAAUAUGUCCGUCUGCCCCCCCCCCCCGCUUCUCUCCAACAGGACAUGACAUGCUGUCUCUUCUCUUCCACUUUCUGGAUGAGUGGCUUUAUAAAUUCAGCGCCAAUGAGUUUUUCAUUCCCAGGGUGAGUGUUUGCUCUCUUCCUCCUUACAGUCUUGAGAUAUUUCUCAAUUAUUGGAUUGUGUUCUGCACAGUGUCACAGUUUGGUCACAUGUUGUUGCAUUGCCAAGGUAUUGAAUCCAUUAAUUUCUGAGGUAGCAUCAAGAAACUAACGAGCUAAGGAAAAAACAUAAAGAGGAACAUUAUUGUACUGUCCUUAUUAGCAUCAACUGUAAUCAUAAAGCAGGGAGCCAGCAUUCAACUUUCACAGAAGUCUUCUCCAGGCUUGAUAAUCAACAACAGAAAAGGGGGGGAAAUGAUGUUCCUCAGAGUAGCAGGUGGUGAACUUCUCUGCAAUUUGCUUACAGUUUAUAGAUUAAGGUUCUGGAAAUUCUUUGCAAAACUAGUUAGAUUAUAAGCGAAGUUGAAGAUGCUAGAAUGGGGAGAAAGAAAUUGUUAUACAGACUGAAAGAGAAGCUCCUUUGACUUCUGAAAUGUAUUGCUUUUCAUAUGCCUUGAGGUUGUGUGGAUGGUUGGGAUUUAUACUUCUGCAAGGAAUUGAAAUACCUGGUACCUUUUCCAGUUAUUACUGGAGCUAUGUGAAAGUUUUAAAUUGUUUGAAAUCAACUAAUUAUAUGUUUGUUCCCCUCCCCCAUUUUGUAGGAAGUUAAAGUGCUCCACAUUGACCGAUUAAGAUUCAGAAUAAGAUCUAUUGGGUGAGUUAAGUGGAAUCAUGCCAUUUAAAAAUGUUGAUGGAAAUGCCAGGGAGUCAAGACAUGUUGGCUCUGUGUGAAAGUUUCCAUAGAGAGUGUACCAGGUGUCCUUUUGCAUGUGCCAGGAGCCUUUUUAGUUCCCCACUUACUCUCACCAUGGGCCCCUCCAGGAUCCUUCCUGGAUGGGGACAGCGAAGAGUUUGCUUUCUUUAAAGAGAAUGCAUAUUUCCGCUUUGGCAAUGUUGCUUUGCUGUAAGGGCUCAAACUAAUCCCUGGUUCUGAAGAAGAAAUGGAGGCCUUUGAAGAUGCCAGGAGCUGUCUUGGCCUUCUUAAUUCCUGAUUCACACUUCAGCAUGUGGGACAGUGUUCCUCCAAUGGAUCCCUGCACUGUCUCCUGGGUAUGGACCAUUUGGGAACUGGAGUAGAGAGCCUUGUAUGCCAUAGCUCUCUAGGUUCUUGGGUGGGAAAUCAUUCUGGCUGCUAGGGGUGCCAGAAUGGCCUCCUCUUUCCCUCAACAUUCAUCAUUGUUCCACGUGUCUUUCGUAAAAUGACCAGAGGUGUUUCCUGCACUGUGACAUAAUUCAGUAACCUUGUAAUAAUCGUUACCCUUUUUCCCUCUUUAAGGUGGGGAGAAGAGUUCUCUUUGCCCAAGCAUCCCCAGGUAUGUUAUGAAUGUUGUCGUUUUCCUUCCUGAGUACUAGAGGCCCAGAGACAAAUCAGGCUUAACUAACAAAUCACCCCUUCCAUUCAUGUAUUCUUAGACCUACCAGAGAUUCUGCCUAUCAUUGUGCAGUUGAGCUCCUAAACUCCUGUUCUGGGCCAACUCAAAUAGUCUUUUUUCUUCCCUCGCAGGGCACAGAGGUCAAAGCUAUAACCUAUUCAGCAAUGCAGAUUCAUGAGGAUGAAAAGCCCGAGGUCUUUGUCAUUAUUGAUAUCUAAACAAAGUGCCACAAAAAACUUCAUCACCCUGGUUUAUCUGUACAUCUUAAUCGAACUGUUUGCCCUCCUGGAAAUGACUCGGCAGAGGGCUAAAUGAACCAAAGUGGUGAGGAGCAUCAGGUUGGAUGUAGCAGCUUGAAUAGAAGACUCCCGAGUAAUGUCCAGCUCUGGUGUGUUACUGAGGCUGAUGCAUCAAGCAGGAAGCAUUGAAAAGAUGGUGUGCAUGUGUUGAUUACCAGCCCAAGCAUGAUCCGGUACUGCAGCCUAUAAUGUGGUUUUUAAAUGCUGGAUUCUAAUUCCUUAUCUACUCUGGUGGGAGACUAAUAUUCUUAGUGACAGGAAAUGCAGGGAUUUAAGACUAUUCACUCUCUUCUGUCUUAAUAAUACUACCUCUUCUAUUGCUUCUUUUGUCAUUUAUAGCCCAUUGUAAAAUACCCACCAUAAAAUGCUGCUUUCCUCCAGUGAGAAGUUGCCAGGAAAUUAGCCUAAAUCCUCUCCCCUUACAAAGCCAUUUGAAACAGUAGUCUGAUGCUGUCAUAAUGUUCCCAGUCACCUUCAACCACGGUUAGGAGAUGACAGAAGCCUACCUCUCAGGCUUCCUCUUCUCCUGUUCAUGUGUAUGUUCCCACAACAACACUAUGGUUUGCCCUAGCAGAUAGGUUGUUCCAGAACAGGGUUACAAAAGAAAUCCUGGUUAGCGUUUCUGAUUAAUGCUGCUUCAGACAUUAUACUACACCAGGAACCCCCAAACUUGGCCCUCCAGAUGUUUUGGGACUACAAUUCCCAUCAUCCCUGACCACUGGUCCUGUUAGCUAGGGAUGAUGGGAGUUGUAGUCCCAAAACCUCUGGAGGGCCGAGUUUGGGGGUGCCUGCACUACACCAUGGUUAGAGCUGUAGUGGCUGGUGAGGCACGUUUGCUUGGCUGGCUUCCUAACAGCAGGUUGCUGGUGCUUAUCAAAGGGUGAGGUGUGGGGAGAUUGGUCUGGUGUGGCACAUGGCAGUGGAUCCAAGCUCCCUAUGCCUCAGUCCUCCCCUCUCCACAGCGACCUGCUGUGUUGGCAGGCCAGGAGAACCAAGAUACCCCACCUGCACUGCCUCACCAACUGCUGCUGGUUAAACCAAACCAUGGGAUGGAGAAGGGAAUUCAUGCAUGCUGGGGGAAAGGGAGCCUUGCAGUCGAUGCCACACUCCCAAUGCCUUAACCACAGUUAAAGAUCAGAGCUAUUAUGUCUCCACUGAAAGGAAAGAGGAUAGGAAAGGAACAGAGCGCACACACAAAUGCCCCCCCCCCCGAGGAGCAGCAUUUGUUUUUGACAAUCUAUAUGAACACACACACAUAACUUGAAUUGCAGACUUAACACACACACACACCUUGGGAUUGAAGCAAUGGGUCUCAGUCUCUUAUAAGCAGCAUUUGUUUCAUGGGGCUUGCAGAGGAGCAUAGCUUGGUGGCAGGUGUCUUACACUGGGCCACCCCUUUGCACCAUGAUAAAAAUCCAGCAUUUUUUGUCAGGAGAGGGUACAAAAUAUUUCUAGAAGGCAGCCUUCGUCAACGCCCAUCAGUCUCAGCUAGCAUGGCCUUGCAGGCUGAGGCUGAUAGGCCUUGUAGUUCAAAACAGCUGGUGGGCAUUAGGCUGAUGAUGGCUGCAUGUAAGAAGAGAAGGCAUCCUAAGAGGUGUAGACAGAGUGGUACUCUGUGUUAAUCUGUGUGUGCUUUCAGUUUUGAUGUGUUUCACUUAGCUCUACAAUUGUGUGAGGUCAUUGAUGUAUUGAUUGGAGUAGGCACCCUUCUAUUUAUGUAAAUGACAGAAAAAGGAGAAUCUUGGUUUUAAUUUAAAAGAACUAUUUUUAAAAAACAUAUAAAAAUCCAUUUUACAAAAUGUAAGUUCA